UUUGGCACUUCCACAUUGGCUCCGUCAUUCAACAACAGAAGUUCCCACUUGGCCAUGUACAGUCAUAAGAUUGAACCAAAGAAACCAGAGCCCAAAAAGCCAGAGCCCAAGAAAGAUGCCGCCCCAGCUGCUAAGCCAGCUCCAACUCCAGAGCCUCUGCCUGAGCCCCCCAAGGAGCCUGAGUUUGAUCCCAAGAGCAUCACUCUUGAAUACUCAGCUGACCAGAUUGAGGAGUUCAAGGAAGCGUUCAACCUGUUUGACCGCACACCAACUGGAGAGAUGAAGAUCACUUUUGCACAGUGUGGGGAUGUGAUGCGCGCUCUGGGCCAGAACCCCACCAACGCAGAUGUGCUCAAAGUCCUCGGGAAGCCACGUCCAGAAGACAUGAGCACCAGACUGGUGGACUUUGAGACCUUCCUGCCGAUGCUGCAACACAUCUCUCGUGCUAAAGAUCAGGGCAACUUUGAGGAUUUUGUGGAGGGGCUCAGGGUUUUUGACAAGGAAGGCAACGGCACCAUCAUGGGAGCAGAGCUGCGUCACGUCCUGGCAACACUGGGGGAGAGGAUGACGGAAGACGAGGUGGACAGACUGAUGGCUGGUCAGGAAGAUGCCAAUGGGUGCAUCAACUACGCCUCCUUUGUUAAACACAUUCUCUCUGGCUGAAAGGACAUUUACCUGAAAGACUUAAUCCUGCCUGUUUCCUCAAGUUUGAGGAUCCUUACUUAACUUUUUGUCCAGUUAGAGGUGAGCAUGUCACUUAGCGUGAGACAUUAUUUUGCUGUCAAGAAAAGCAGUUAAUGUUCAUUGAAAAAUGUUGGCCUUCAGACCCAUGAUUAGUUAUUUUUAAUAAACACUCUGAAAUAUAAUGAAAUGCCAUUGAGAUAUGAGU